AUAUACACCGAAGAGAAAAUUCUUUCAAUGCGUAUUCGUGGAGGUAUAAAAGAAUAUCAAAUGAAAUGGAAGGGAUAUGAUGUUAAAGAGGAAACCUGGAAAGCCGAAAGUGAUUGUUAUUGUAGAGAUUUGAUAAACGAGUAUGAAAAAAGUCAAGGAUCAAAAAAUAAAAAGAAAUAA